CGAGAUGGAGGAAACUAAAAAGAUUAGUUUUACUGAUGUCACAAAGAAUGCAUCAUCUCGACAUGAUCUUUCACAGCCAAUCUUAACUGAAGAUAAUGCUCCCCAAUUAGUUCAGUCAAGGAAAAGCCUUAACAUAAUGACAAAUAGGAGAUUAAGGAAGCGUUCCAGAAGGAAGAGCAAAAUUCGUAUUAAUAACCUCUGCAAAGAGCUAAAGGUUCCUAAAUAAAUCUUUGAUGAAUGCUCAUGAAUUAAUAAGAAUUUUUGAAUUAUCACCAAUUCAGGAUAUUAAGGCACUUAUUAGGACAAACCAGUUAACAAGAGCUAAAUCUAAAAAUAAAUUUAAAAAGCAGAGAAGAGUUCUUCGGAAUACUAGACGAAGUGAAAUGACUGCAGAUAUCAACCUUGAACAAGGAGUAAAGAGACUUAAUGCUUCGGAGUCAUCUAAAACUAGGCUAAGUAACAAAAACCGCUCUGAGUCACAGACAACAGAUCAAAAGUUGUCGAUAGUGCGUCAAAGAGUGCAAACAGCCAAAAGAAGAGUGAGUAGACAAACUCAGCAAACCCAGCUUAAAAUGAGCCAAAGGUACAGGAACAGGCCUCUCACAGCAAAGCAAAAUGUAAGCAUGAACAAGACUAAUGGAAGUCUUAAUGACAGAGAGGUAAAAUUAGAGACCAAGAAGUCUCUCAGUAUUUUCUCCUACCAAGAUUGGUCAUACACAGGGCAAUGGAAAGGUAAAUAAAAGACAUGGCCAAGGUACAUGUAAUUGGAACGAUGGGAAAAUCUACCAAGGCGAAUGGAGGAAUGAUAAAAUGCAUGGCCAUGGUAAAUUAAAACUACCCAAUGGCACUAUAUAUGACGGUGAAUUUGAGAACAAUGAAGCUACUGGGAAAGGCAAGAAAAUAUUCCCGGACUCCUCAGUCUAUAAAGGAUGACUUAAAAAUGGCAAAAUGAAUGGUCAGGGGAAACUCACAAUGAGAAAUGUGUCAUUUGAAGGCACCUGGAAAAAUGAUCUACCUCGUGGAAAUACGAAAUAAAGUUGGGAAAAACUUCAGCCUUUCAGGAAAUUUCAAUGGCUAUAUCCAAGUUAAUGGGUCUUUAUGAAUCAAAGAGUUUACUAAAUCUCCUUCCAAAGCCUAUCGAUAUCGUGGACAACUCAAGCAAACUCAUAUCGAUGGUAAAGGAGAGUUCAAAUGGCCUGACGGCAGACUAUAUUUUGGUGAAUUCUUCCAAGGAGCAAUGAACGGCAAGGGAAAGCUAAUAUGGACUGAUAAAUAUAAUGGAAAAGCCACUUAUAAAGGCAACUUCCUAGUUAACCAAUUUCAUGGCCCUGGACUUCUAGUAUGGAGCAAUGGUGACAUUUACGACGGACAGUUUUUAAACGGAACUUAUCAUGGAUAUGGAGAAUUCGCAUGGGCUGAUGGGAUCAAGAAGUAUAAAGGCGAGUUCGAACAUGGGAAAAUGCAAGGAGUUGGUAAGUUCGAUUAAUUUAGGAUUUGAUCGAUUACAUUGUUUUGGAUUAAAUUUUUUUCUGUAAAUUUUAUUGACACUUUUUAUUUAGGAUGCCUAAUAACUAAUCAAGGAAUUUUUAAAGGUGAAUUUAAGAACGGUUACCUAUCUGGGAAAGGAGCAGCUGCUUACAAAAAUGGGGAUGAAUACACAGGAAAUUUUUAUAACUCAAAAAUAUGAGAACCUGGCAACUACAAAACCUAUCAGCCCCCUACACAAAAAUAUGAAAACCUUAAUACAAAUCCGGCUCCUCUCAAAGUCCAAAACAAUCCUGAUCUUGAGGAAGAUGUCUAUCUCUAAAAACAUAAGCACAAAUCUAAAUCUACAUCAAGAGCAUUUUAAU